CAAUUUCUUUGAUACCCAGAAACAUAUCUUAACUCUACUCUAUAUCCUUCCUAUACACUUCUCACCACCACACUACACAUAUACACACCCAUCAUGAGUGAACUCAACAACGUCAACUCGAUCGCUACCCCCAAGCAGGGCGAGUUCAAGCCCAGUGUGCAACCUACCAACGCUCCUCAGGAGCAUGGUGGACACAAACCCGGUGUCAAGGCAACCCCCGGAGACUAUGCCCCCGAAUUCCAUGCCGAAUCACACCCCCCCGGCACUGCCCCUGCCAGCAACUCCUUCACACCCAACACCAUCAACGAGCCCGGCAGCCAGGCAAAUAACCCCAACGUCGAGCGCGGUCACGGCAAGGAGUCCGUCAAGACCUCUGCAGCGGAUACCCUGCAGGGAUCCACAUCACAGGAUGUCUACACCGGUCUUGGACACCCGGGUUCUGGCCAGACAAGCAGCGAGCUGAGGCAUGAUGGCCAAAGCCACCGUAAGCACGGCGGUGGUGGUCUCGAGGGCGUUGGUGCUAGCAGAGAGCCUGGCUUCGAGCGUUAUAUCCCUGAACAGCGGGGUUUGGAGCGCGACCAGGCCCAUGGUGGCCAGCGUGGUGACAAGGGUGCCCUUGGCGCAGAGAAUGUCCAGCCUGAUUCUGCUUAAAUGUUGGCUUCGGAGUGGAAAUAUGAGCCCAGCACGAAGCGGAGCUAAAGUGGAGACUGCUGGUGUUGGCGUUUGAAAACUGGUUUUCAUUUUCAGUAACGAUUCAUGUAUAAUUAGCAUGGGUAUCACGGUUGUUGUACAUUAAUACGAGUGAAUGAUCAAAAGCAUU